AUGGGAAAAAUUAUUUUUCUGUUGAAUGAUGGAGUGAUCGAUGAAGUUUUUUUUAUUUUAAAGGCUCCUAUAAAGGAAAUACCUUCGAAAUCGAUUCUUGAGAUUCAUGCUUCUCCUAGACUUUUAAGAAUUCGCAAGCGGAAAAUGCUUAAACAUAAAAGAAGAAAGCGAGCGAAAAGAGAUGCAAACAAAUAUGCAGUUUAUCAUCGUGAAAAGAAAGCAAGGAUCUUUCAAAUAAUCUAUUCAUCACUUUUAUUUUUCAGAGCUAAACAAGAAUUGCCUUCGCAAAUUAAUGAAUCUGGCAGAAAAUUUUAUCCUCAUUGGUCUACUGUUGUUUCAUUGGAGGAACUUUAUGGACUUCCAAAAGGAGACUAUAUUGAUAAGCGAUUCGGUUUAGCAAGUAAUGAAGAUGUGGAAACAAUUGAAAAGUUGAAAGACAAGUACAAACAGCUAUAUUCAAAAUUCGAUAGUAAUGGUGAUAAAAGUUCCAAUCCUUCAUGA